UACUCCUACCAUUGUCUCCAGGACUCAAGGGGUGUUUUACGACAAAUAUGUAUCGAGAGGACAAGAAUUGGUGAAGGCUUUCCACGCUUCACUAUAUGAAGGUUAUUGUCCAAUCCUGACGUCCCGUAAACGACUUAAAUGGGAAAACUGUACCCUCUUCCCGGGAUGUCCGACAUCACAAUACGUGUCUAACGAGGUGUACAGAUAUCCGGUGUGCUAUGACAGUAUAUUCAACAGUGGAAGCAGUGCGCAAUCAACAGAUUCUUCCACUACAAUGACCAAGGUGGGGACGGAAACGCUGCCCUCUCGGGAUGAUGACAGUUCACCAGUUGUCCCAGUCAUUAUAACAUUAUUGGUGCUUCUGGUUAUAGUCGCUGUGAUAGUGUUUAUAUUGUACAAGAGUAACAUGUUUGGUGUUGGAGACUGGAUUGACAAACAUAUCAUAAACAGGUCAAGGGGAAACCGAGAGGAACAGGAAAUGGAAGGAGAGAGAAAGCCUUUGGCACAGGUUCAAGGUACAGGAACUCCACAGCAGAGAAAGCGGGAUGUUAAAGCUGUGAUGCAUUUGUAUUGUGGAACAGACUUAUUUCUCUCUACAGGCGGAGCAGAAAAAGAAAGUGACAAAAAAUUAAGAGCAGUGAAGAAAUUGCACUCUCUUUUUCUUUUCAUGAAAGAGAUACCUAAAAAAUGUGAUAUUAACAUCGACAAAUUAGUGCUGGACAUCAGAUUUCUGUAUGAAAAGUCAUUUGCAGACCUUGAUGAGGACCAGCUUCAAAGUUUAAGAAAUGGUGAAUUUCAAACUUUACCCAGUUCUACUGUGUAUACCAUAGUAACAAAUCUCUGCAACUUUGAGAAACCAACCAGAGGAUGGGAUAACCCACCAUUGACAAACGAUACGAAAUUGAACGACUACAUUGCCAGAAUUCGAAGUCUUUGGAAUGAUAUGUGUGAUGGUAACAUAGAUGUAGAAAUGAUUGAAAUUACACACCAAAAAAUGCGAGAUUCAUUUGGUGAAGUUUGUGUUGCAGAUGAGGAGGAUAUUAGUAGGGAAAAGAAAGAGAAAAUAAUUUGGAAGCAAUUAAAACCCGACUGUGAGGUUGAUGGAGAAGUUGUUUUGACAGAAAAGGUGAAAGAAAUCUUAGAAAAAUUGACAGAUGAAGGUGUAGCUGUUUGUAAUGGUGUCAUAGGCUCUGGCAAAUCGAUGGCAAUGAAAUAUAUUGCAGAGAAAUAUAUCAAAGAUGGUUGGAAAGUUGUGUGGAGGGAAAAAAGUCUCUGUUCUACAGAUAUAGAAGUUAACCAGGACGAGAAACUUCUUCUAUGCUGCGAUAAUAUGUUUGGGGGAGUUUUGUACGAAUGUUUGGCAUCAAAGGAACUGGAGAAUAUAAAAGGGCUGCUAGACAACAUUUUACAGUCGUCUAAAACAGGAGAAGUGAAGUUAUUACUGUCCGUUCAAAGUCAUGUCCUGAAAGAGUUAAAUAAGGAGAGGUGUGUUUCGACAGUACUAGGAAACUUUAACUACAGAGUCGAUAUGGACAAAUUAACAACUGUUGAACUUUAUCUCAUUUUCAAAGAAACCAUUAAGAAAGGCUGUAAGUCACAUCCCAAAUGCUGGUACACGAAAACAGAUUUUUCUAAUGUACAACCUCUACUUAAAAAUAAUGUGGGAUUGGUCGGGAAUCCCUUCCUUCUCUGGGCCUUUGCAAUGAAUCAUGCGUUUUUCACAGACAAAAAAUUUCCCGAGAAUCCUGUCAAAGUUUUGGUGCCCACUUUCGACAGACUGAAGACGGAAGAACCGAAAUCAUUCUACAUCCUGACUUACUUAUUGUUUGUCAACAAACACCAGAAAGGCACAGCAUUAAAGAAAUGGGCACAAGAAUUACCUACAUGUACUUCUAUCGAAAGAGAAGAGGUCGAAGAAAUUGGAGCUGAUACUAUCGCUUCGUAUUUACACUCUGAGAAAGACACUAUUCGAAUUUCACACGAAAUAUUCCAGAUUGCUCUGUUUCAAUCCGUCUCGAAAACCAGAGAUGGCCUCGACCUGAUGCUCAAAUUCUGUGAAUUAGAAUCCAUUCUCAGUAUCUGCAGACCAGAUCUAGAAGAUGCUUUCGAGGAUUUUUCUGUUAAGCUGAAGGAAAAAGAUGUUAAAAUUCUUGAAAGUAGGGAUCGAUAUAGGGAUUUGAUUUUAAAAUCGAAUCACCCAUUCCAGGGAUUUUUAAAACCCGAAGAGACUCUUAGUGACUAGAGAUGAUUACAUUCUAGGUCGCUUUGGUUUCCCAGCUUUAUUAGAACUUGGCAUUGAUUUUGUAAUGCAUAGAUCCAGUAACAGCUGUGUACUUACAUCAAAAUCCUUGUAACCGAAUGUACUUAAUCAAAGUCCCUUAAAACAUGUAGUGCUAUUGCUUAUAUCAAGAUGCGGAUUAGUACAAGACUUGUACUAGCUUGAAAAUGAGUUGUGCUUUAGUUGUGAAUUUGCAUGUGAAGUAUUAAACUUUUAUAUAUACCCAUUGCAAAAUAAUUCUUGUAGGAUAACCAAAGUCUAUGCACAGUGGUCUUACAAAUACACAUAACUAAAUGUAUUAAAAUACUCUGUCAUUAUUGACUUCAUGAACUAUUCUGAAUGAAACUUGCAUGUGUGAUAUCAAUCGUGUUUGCAUGAAGGUCUUCCUGCAAAAUAUGUGAAUUUGCUUUUCGUGAGUAUCAGACUUAUUAGUCAAAUUAAUACAUUCAUAUUGCCUAUUGAUGAAUAAAAAGAAAAAGCUUCAUUUAAAGAAACAAUGGAAA